UCCAAAAGAAUCAACGAUAAUGUCGAAAUUCGGAUUUCUCUCUGGAAAAGACGAUUUAGCUGUGGAGAAUCUGCUUUCACAAGCCAAGGAUCUAUACGUUCUAGAGCAAGUCGCCGCCAUCAACUGCUCUGGCUUCACCGACUCUGUUCUUCCCACUAAUCUCGAGACCCGUUUCCGUCGUCUCAAAUCUCUUCCGGUUUCUCGACCCGACCCGGUUUCUUCCUCCAAGAGGGCUCUCUCCCACUCCAGGAGCAUGACGGAGAGGAACCACGAAAACGCGUUUUCUGCUUCCGGCGAUGAGAAAAGGAGUUUCUCCGGAGUAACCAAACGCGUUCCGAGUGUGAAAACUCGUCGUCCUUUGGUUUCAUCUGUUGAGGAAACGCGAAUUUUCUCCGGGAUCAAACGCGAUCCGAGUUUGAAUUCGGGUUUUGAGAAGAAUCCGCGAGGUGGGCUAAUGGGUUCGAGUUCGUCGAGAUUUUCUCGAGAAGGCAAGAUUUUGUCGACACCAACAACACAAAGCCUGAAGCUUCUUCCUAAAGAGAAAUCGAGGAUGAGCUCCUCUUCGUUUGUCUCCAUUGAUUUAGCUUCUUCAUCAUCCGAUUCCGUCCUAGAGCAAGAAGAACGAUCAAACCGGAAAUCGAAAACGAAAUCAAAAUUGUCAUGGUUUGAUAAGUUUUCACCAUCAAGAGCCAUGGGUUGUUUAUGUCGUUCUCCAGGCAAAUCAUCAUCCAACAGCAAGAAGACAAUGAAGAGCAGCAGCAGCAGCAGCAGCAAAUUCGUCUGAUUUUCUCGGACAGGACCCGGUUCAAGCUUUUUUUUUAA